AUGGAUCUUUUUGGUGGUUCAAAACCCUGGUCGGCCCUUGACUGGACCUCAAGUGAUGAUAGAGUUCGAGGUGGAGCUUCACAAUCUUGUCUUGAGUGUUCCACGCCUUUCUCUAUAGCUACAUUCAAGGGUACACUGGACAUUAAAACUCUGGGAGGUGCAGGUUUUGCAUCUCAAAGGACGACUGCAGAUCAUACUUGGGAUCUAUCAGCGUACGAUGGAAUUUUACUCCAUCUAGGAAAGAGUGAUCGAAAAAUGUACACCUUCAUCCUCAAAGAUGAAUUACUUCCAAAAAGUCCCAAUGGAAGAGAACAAAGUACGAUUAGUUGGGAGUUUGACUUCAAGGGCCCUGCAGAUCAUUCAUCGAUCUCUGUGAAGUGGGCAGAUCUGAAACCCACUUAUAGGGGACGCGAAAAGAAAGAUGGCGUCCCUCUAGAUUUGAAAAACGUUAAAAGAUUUAGUAUUAUGAUGCGAAGCUUUUUCGGCACCCAAGAAGGGGACUUUUCCCUGGAUAUCAUCUCUAUAUCCGCCACAAAAGAUAAAGAGAAUAUCGAUACACCAUAUCGAGAUGAUCCCAAUGAGAAAGGGUACACAAUUUUGGAUUCUAGAAAGGGUGAAGAAACCCCUACAACGCGGCAGAGCUGGAUGGCCUGGCUCUUUGGGUGCAAUGUAUCAUAG